UCCACCCUGCUUGAUGUGUUGGCGGCACGGAAGAGUGUGGGGCGACUGAGCGGGCAGGUGCUGGUCGACGGGAAGCCGCGGGACGAUAGCGCCUUCGUGCGCCGCAGCGCGUACGUGCCCCAGGACGACCACUUCAUCCCGACCCUCUCCGCCUGGGAGGUGAUCUCCGUACACGCGGCCCUGGUGCUGCCGCCAGCAAUCGGGCCCGCGGGUAGCCGGAAGAGGUGUACGGAAGUCCUGGCGGCCAUGGGGCUGGGCCGGCAAGGCAGCACGCUAGUUGGCGGCACGCUACCCGGCGGGCUGGUUCUGCGCGGGCUGAGCGGCGGGGAACGCAAACGACUCGCCAUCGCCACCGGCAUCGUGGCGGCGCCGUCAGCGCUGCUAUUGGACGAGCCAACGUCGGGCCUGGAUGCGGCGGCGGCGCUGGGCGUGAUGCAGUACAUGCAUGCGCUGGCGCAUGCGGGACAUGUCGUACUG